AUGGACAAUUCAAACAAUUUCACGGCGUAUGCUUCAAAAUUCCUGAGUUCACGGAUAUUAGGUGCAAGCUCAGGUCAUUCACCGAUAUUUCACGCCAAUUACGACGAUAGAUGCUCAAAUCAAGGGCCGUGGAUGAACGAUGACGAGAUUGAACAGGAAAUGGCGCACCUCCAGCAGUCGACACUGAACAGAAACUCUACGCCAGCCUCAGAAUCGCGAUCCCCGUCUCCUAACGAACACCUCAAUCGUUCAACAGGUUCACAGCGAUCUGGAGUAUCUACCCCUGACCCAAAUCACAUCAACCAAGCACAAUCUCUAUUCACUAACCAGUCAAAAUUAAGCUUCCAUAAGCCACCUACGCCAGAGCCAGAACCAGAACCACAAGAAGAGAUUGAGCUUCAGUUAUCUCAGCCUUUACUAAAUCGGCCACAAGGCGAUCACAAUGACGACAUAGAGGAAGACGAGCAGCAGCCGCAUCAGUUAUUUAUACAAAGCCCAGCACCCACACCUACAGUCCCUUCAAUUACUCGUACGCCAAUUAGAAAAUAUCGCGACGCUCCCUUUAUAGUCACAUAUGGAUUUUCUAUAAUAUCCGUUAUAAGUAUAGGUAUCUUUACAUUAUUUCGGAAUAAUGAUACCGCGAUACCGCCACCGAACGCAACACCAUUCAUCACGACAACCCUCUUACAUUCGACACCUCUGCUCGUCGCGUUGACAACCAUAGCAUUACUUCUGGGUGCUAUGCAUCUAAUAAUCCUCAAAAACGCAAUCACACCGAUACUGUAUACUGCAAUCGCUGUCAUCCUGUUCGGUUUGCUAGGAAGCUCUACCUGGGCAUUUGCAGGCUCUUUCAUUGAUGACGAUGAGUCUGACUCUAGUUGGUCAUCGUGGUGGCAGAGCACUGGCCUACGUGUCUUUUCACUUAUACCCAUGAUAAUAAUAGUAUGGUUCAGCCGUACUCUCUAUAUAAGAAGGCAUAAACUUAAGCGCUCAAUAAAAAUCGUCGAGUUGUCAUCGCAAGUGAUACUUGAGCACCCAACACUAAUCAUAUACCACCUGGGACUCACACUCUUUUCAACACUGCUCUCAAUACCUUAUGCAUGGCUAGUUUAUAAGCUGCUGAGAAUAGGGCAUUGGGAUAGUAAUGACAGCGGUUUGAUUUGGCACGUAAAUACGUCAUCAGACUUGUUGGUAGCUUAUGUUAUUCUCGUUGGUUUCUGGACAUGGGGAUUGUUACGGGGUAUAGCUGCCGUCACUACGAGUGGUGUUCUGGGUGCUUGGUAUUUCAAUAGACACGAUCCGCAUCAACCAUCACCGCACAUAAUCGUCAGCAAUUCUUUUUACAGAUCAACUCAUGCUUCAUUUGGAAGUAUUUGCUUGGCAUCAAUAAUUCUCACCACUGCUAGCUUGCUCGUGAGAGUAUUAGUGCGGUUGCGCAAUCUUAACAACAGUGGAAUUACGCGUUUUCAUCCAGUAUCAAUCGUGUUCACAGCGAUCAGCAUGGUUGCAGCUAUGACGCUUGGGUUUAUAGAUCAUAUAUCGAAUUACGCACUAAUUCAUGUUGGAAUAACGGGUGAAGCGUUUACGCCAUCUGCCAAACGUGUCAAACAGUUAGUCAAUAGGCGUGAAGUGAAGGGCUUGAUGGAUGAUCUACUAGUAAAGACUACUAUUAGAUUAUUUGCAAUUACAGUAUCUCUACUUAGCGCAGUAGCUGGAUUUAUAUACUGUGCUCAUUACUUGAACCAAUCACUACAUUCACCGAUAAUAGCAAUAGUUGCCGGAUGGCUCACCUACAGCGCUAUCAGAAUGUGGUGUGAUCUUUUAACGAGCACUGUUGACUCAGUCUACGUUUGCUACUGCUUUGACGUAUCUACCAACCAACAGCAUUGCAUAAAGGCGAGUGAAGCUUUCGGUAAUGCUCACCAAGCCAGACAACCAGUGUAA